GCGGUGGUGCGCCUGUGCCGGUCCCGCUCGGUAGGCCUGGUCGUGGUCGGACCGGAGGCGCCGCUGGCGGAGGGCCUGGCCGACGCGCUGCAGGCCGCCCAGAUAGCCUGCUUCGGACCGUCGGCCGCCGGCGCGCAGGUCGAGGCGGACAAGGCUGCCACCAAGCGGCUGAUGCGUGAACUAGACAUCCCCACCGCCGACUUUGAAACAUUCACUGAUGCAGAGGAAGCCAAGCAGUAUAUCCGAAGUGGCGGAGGGCGGCUGGUGGUGAAGGCGGCUGGCCUGGCCGCCGGGAAGGGAGUGGUGGUGGCGUCGGACGAGGCCGAGGCGUGCCGUGCGGUGGACGCCAUGCUGCUGGAGCGGACGUUCGGCGAGGCCGGCAGCACGAUCGUGGUGGAGCAGAAGCUCUCCGGCGAGGAAUUGUCGCUGAUGGCGUUCACGGACGGCCAGCGGGUGGCGCUGAUGCCGCCGGCGCAGGACCACAAGCGGCUGCGCGCCGGCGACCGCGGGCCCAACACGGGCGGCAUGGGGGCCGCGGCGCCGGCGCCCGGUCCGCUCUCGGACGCGCAGCUGGCGGCGCUGGCCGGCCACUGCUUCCAGCCGCUGGUCGACCACUGGCGCGCCGGCGGCGUCUCCUACGUCGGUGUGCUGUACGCCGGCCUGAUGGUCACCGCUGACGGCCCGCGGGUGCUCGAGUACAACUGCCGGCUGGGCGACCCCGAGGCGCAGGCCGUGCUGCCGCUCCUGCAGACCGACCUGUUCGCCGUGCUGACGGCGUGUGUGGAGGGCCGUCUGGAGCCGUCAGAGCUGACCUGGCGCUCUGACGUGCACGCCGUCGAUGUGGUGCUGGUGAGCGACGGCUACCCCGGCGCCUACCCCACCGGCUGCCAGAUCGCAGGCCUGGAAGAGGCCGCCGCUGCCGACUGCCUGCUCUUCCACGCCGGCACGCGGCGGGACGACGGCGGCGCGCUGCUGACAUCUGGCGGCCGCGUGCUGAACGUAGUGGCAGUGCGCAGCAGUGUGGCGGCCGCCCGCGAGGCGGCGCUGGCGGCGGCCGACCGCGUCCAGUUCCAGGGCAAGCAGUACCGCCAGGACAUCGCGGCCCGAGCUCUGGCGCGUGAGAUUCUGUGUGCCGGCCGGCUAACCUACAAGUCGGCGGGCGUGGACAUCGGCGCGGGGGACGCGUUCGUCUCGCGCAUCAGCGCCCUGCUCCGGCAGCGGCCGGCCAGCGUGGCCGUGCGCGGCGGCCUGGGCGGCUUCGGCGGCGUGUACGACCUGGCGGCCGGCGCGGCGGACGUGCGCGACCCGCUGCUCGUGGCCGGCACUGACGGCGUCGGCACCAAACUGAAGGUGGCGCAGGCGUGCGGCCGGCCGGCCGGCCUCGGUCGUGACCUGGUCGCCAUGUGCGUCAACGACUUGCUGUGCCAGGGCGGCCGUCCGCUGCUCUUCCUCGACUACCUGGCCGCCGGCCGGCUGGAGAGUGCGCCGCUCGACCAGCUGGUCUCCGGCGUGCUGGACGGCUGCCGACUGGCUGGCUGCGACCUGCUGGGCGGCGAGACGGCCGAGAUGCCGGGCGUCUACUCGGAGGGGGCGUACGACCUGGCCGGCUUCGCGGUCGGCGUGGUGGAGCGGGCGCACUGCCUGCCGCGGCCCGACCUCAUGCGGCCCGGGGACGCCCUGCUGGCGCUACCCGCCUCCGGCCUGCACAGCAACGGCUUCAGCCUGGUGCGCCGCGUGGUGGCCGCCGCCGGACUCAGCUACGAGCGCGACACGGCGCCCUUCAUGCCGUCCGCCGCCAGCCUGGGGGAGGCGCUGCUGACGCCCACCGCCAUCUACACGGCGCCGCUGCUGGCUCUCGCCGCCGCUGCCGCCUGGCUCGCACUCGUCGGCGGCAUCAGCGCCGAGGAGCUGGCGCGCACCUUCAACCUGGGCCUGGGCAUGGUGCUAGUGGCGCCGGCCGAGCGCCGUGAGGAGGCGCUGCAGCUGCUGGAGCAGGCCGGACACCCGGCGCUGUCCGUGGGACGGCUGGAGGAACGGCAGCAUGACGGCGCCGGGGACACCGCGGCGCCUCAGGUGCUGCUGGACGGCCUGCAGACCCAGCUGAGUGCCGUGAUGGCCGGCCUGACGGCGGCCGGCGUGGUGGCCCGGCCCGUGCGGGCCCGCUGCCGUGUCGGCGUGCUCAUCUCCGGCUCCGGCACCAACCUGCAGGCGCUGAUUGACUACGCCGGGCGGGUCGACAGCUCGGCCGAGCUCGCGUUGGUCAUCUCCAACAAGGACGGCGUCAAGGGACUGGAGCGGGCCCGCGCCGCCGGAGUGCCGUGCCAGGUGAUCCGACACACGGCGUUCGCCGGCCGGGAGCAGUUCGACCUGGCCAUGCACGCGGCGCUGGAGGCGCGCGGCGUGCAGCUGGUGUGCUGCGCCGGCUUCAUGCGCAUCCUCUCGGCCCGUUUUGUGCAGCUGUGGCGCGGCCGGCUGCUCAACAUCCACCCGUCACUGCUGCCGGCGUUCCCGGGCCUGCACGUGCACCGCCAGGUGCUGGAGGCCGGCGUCCGCCUGUCCGGCUGCUCCGUCCACUUCGUCGAGGAGGAGGUGGACGCGGGUGCCCUGCUGGUGCAGCGGGCCGUGCCCGUGCUGCCGGCCGACACCGAAGCUCAGCUGGAGGAGCGCGUCAAGGUGGCCGAGCACGCCGCCUACCCGGAGGCCGUCGAGCUGGUGGCCAGUGGCGCCGUCAGACUUGGCGAGCACGGCCGGUUGGUGUGGCGCCACUGA